CCCAGGCCCGCCUCGUCAUCACUGUCACCAUCGCGAGAGAUAGUCUCCAAAAGGAAGGCUGCUCUCGCUGCUUGUGAUCGCUGUAGGAAGCGUAAGAUCAAGUGUGACGCAGAUCGCCCAGGCUGCGGUUCCUGUGUAACCAACGGCAAACUCUGCAAUUAUUAUACGAAGCCUUCCGAGUCGCGGACGGAUGCCCUGAAGAGGAAGCACAUCGAGCUGAUGGAGAGCCGAGAGUCCGACGCCGCCGUGCUCGAGAUGCUCCGGCACUCUAGACCCGAGGACACCCCUCAGCUCGUGGAUCGUAUUCGCCAAAGCCAAGAUUCGCACAGCAUUGUGCAGGAUAUGCGGAACAGCGCACUGCUGCUUCAGCUCUCCGGGGGCCCCUCGGUGGAGGUCCCAGGCAGUUACACCGCUGCUUCCCCCGACGACUCUGCUAAUGCUUCCGAGAGUAACUACUAUACUUAU